CUGCCGUCGCUGUCUGCAGGACUGAUAAUCAUCAUGUGACCCUGAGGUCAGUCAUGUGGCCCCGGGCGGCGCAACGUGCUGAUGUAACGGGGCAGCACAGACCGCCACACCGCGGAGAACAGGAAGUUUUACCUGGAAAGACCAAGUCCGAUGCGUCGUUUGUUUGUCAGUAUGACAGACGCUGAUGAUCACCACGAGCAGCUCCAGAGGGACGCCCAGUUCCUGUGCUCCGAUCAGAGGAUGGACACUGAACUGGUCGACAGGCUGGUGCUGCAGCUGAACAGGAUCUACCCCCAGAUACUCAGUGACAAGGAGGCCCAUAGGUUCAGGAAUCAGAGCGUUCCCACCAAAGUGCGGUUAGCUGAGCUGUUGAAGCACCUUUAUGGGAAGGGCGAGGAGGCCUGUCAUGAAUUCUACAGGGGUCUUCACAUCCACGCUGAGGACGUGUACUCCAGCCUGCCCACCAGAGUCACACAGAGAGAGAUGGCAGAUUCAAAACGGACUUGCGAUGUGGCUGUUUACCCAGAGCGACAUGUGCUUAAUGACAGAGGACCAGUGUUCUUCCUGAGCUGCCUUAGUUUCGUAGUUGGUUUAGCAAUGCUCUACUAUUACAGAGAGGGUGAGACACUGAGAUGCACCGGUCUGUUUCUUCACUGCUCUGCAGCCAGACUUAGUAAAGAUGUUUUAAUUUCUUAUGCUGAGGUUGGAAAACAUAAAAAAUGAAGCUGUUGAGGUGCUUAAGGUGCUCACAAACGAGCCCUGUGAGAAGAACAAACCGUGAAAUUUGCCACUUUCCUGUGCCAAACUUGAAGAACAAUAAACUUAAGCAAUAACUGA